AUGUAUUUUCGUCAUUUUUAUUUUCUUUUUCUCAUUUCACCCUCUUUUUUUUCUUUAAAUUUUCUUUCCUUUCGUAUAAUAAUAAACUUUUUUCUUUCUUUCUUCCUUCAUAUUGUGUUACUCAUUCUUUGCUUUUUGCUUUUAUUUUCUUACUUUUUCUCUCUUGUGUGCUCACAUCUUUUUUCGUGGUUUUAUUCUUUUCUUCUCAUUUCAUUCUUUCUCUCUUACUUUCUUUUUUUCUUUCUUUCUCUCUUACUUUCUUUUUUCUUUCUUUCUUUCUUUCUUUCUUUCUUUCGUAAUUAUUCUUUUAGUUUAUUUCUUUUUUUUUUCUUCUUCGGUACUAUCUAUCUAUCUAUCUCAGUGUAUUCCUUAUCUAUCUAUCUAUCUAUCUAUCUAUCUAUCUAUCUAUCUAUCUAUCUAUCUAUCUAUCUAUCUCAGUUUAUUCCUUAUCUAUCUAUCUAUCUAUCUAUCUAUCUAUCUAUCUAUCUAUCUAUCUCAGUUUAUUCCUUAUCUAUCUAUCUCAGUUUAUUCCUUAUCUAUCUAUCUAUCUAUCUAUCUAUCUAUCUAUCUAUCUAUCGUCCUUCAUAUUUUUAG